UCUAUAAUUUUUGUUUUGUUACUAGAAAGUCACUAGUCAAUCCAUAAACUUAAAACUGUUAACAUUUUUAUUAUUUAUUCAAAUAUGUUUUUAUGACUAUACAUUUAUUUAAGUUACUUAAAUUUGUAUGUGAUUUUUACUGGGAAGACACUAGUCAAUUUAGAAACUAAAAAUUUUUAUUAUUUAGGUCAAUACAUUUUUUUGAAAUUUUUCUUUUGCAUCAAUUUUGUAAAUAUUCAACUAUUUGUAACUCAAAACUAAAGAGACACUUUAUAGGGUUUGUGUCUCAGUUUUGUAUAAAUCAUAGAUGUACCUAUAUAGUAUAUUCGAAAAUUAUAAAUUAUAAUUAUAUACAAUAUACAAUAUACCUACCAGUAAUGCCAAAUUGUAACUUAGUAGUUAGCAUUUAAUUAUGUGUUAUAGUGAAAAUGAAACCGUUCUCUGACAGAUUUUUAAAGAAAAAAAUUGUAUUUAAACAAAAUAAAUGAGUUUUUAGGACUGUGCGAUUCGCUUUAAUAAGUCCAGAUGGGUAGGAACAAAAUUGUUGCCUCCUCAAAAUUUUAAUGCCAGAACCGCCACUGACUGCCAUUGAGUAUUGACACGAGUUAUUAGUUAUUAUUUUAUUAAUUUAUUAUGCUUUACAUUUACGAUUUACGGACUUACGGUGUCGGUAACGACUAACGGACAUUCAAAUUUCAAGUACUCAACAAGAAUAUUUGUGUUAUAUUAUUUUACUAAACUUUUAACAUGCCUAGAAUAAGCCCAGUGUGGCGACACUUUGAUAAAGUAAAUAAAACGUUGGCCACUUGUAAAAUAUGUGGUGAAACUUUACAAACUGCAGGUAAUACCACCAACAUGCGUCAACACCUGGUAAAUGUUCACAAUGUAACACUGGACGGUAAAUCUAAGAGUAUCUUAGAACCAGAAAAAGUUGACGAUUCAGAGGAUGUAACUGAUGUAAGUGGAUUAUUUAAAUUUUACGUUACCUAUUUCAUGUAUUAUUGAAUUAUAUCCAUUGAUAUAUUUAUUAAAAAUUACUUUGUAUUAACACGUCUGUCUCCCUACAGUUAGUAAAUACACCUGGUGUAAAACGUAAAAGGGUUAAUAUCCAGCCAUCAAUUAAAGAUAGUUUGUCAUUCUGUACAUCUAUGACAAGUAAGCAUUAUUUAACCAUAGAUAAUAGACAGUAGUACCUAUUUUGAUUUGUACAAUUUUGUUUUUAAAGGUGGAUCAAAGUCUGGCGAGAUUACAAAUGCUUUGGUGUAUUUUAUUACAAAAGAUAACCAACCCUUUUCAACAGUAGAAAACUGUGGGUUUAAGCAUUUCAUGAAAGUUAUCUGUCCUCUAUAUAAAGUACCGUCAAGAAAUACUAUAAAAAACAAAAUUGAUGAAAAAUAUAAGUAUUUGGCAAACAAGUUUAAGGAAAAGCUAAAUCAGACGAACAAUUUUACUUUAACAACUGAUAUUUGGUCUGAUUUAUCUAUGAAAAGCUAUUUAGGAAUUACAAUACAUUUCUUGGAGGGAAUACAAUUUGUUUCGGGUACUAUAUUUUCUACAUAUUAUUACAUUUAUAUUUAGCACUAUAAAAAGUAAAUGUACAGCAUAUUAAGUAAGUAUUGGUUAUAUUUUGAUUUUUUUGUUAGGUACAUUGGGAGUAUAUGAAUUAAAUGAAUCACAUACAUAUACGUAUAUAAGUCGUAUGUUUGAGAAUUGUCUGUCAGAAUGGAAUAUUUCAAAAAAUCAAAUUAUUGCUGUUGUUACAGAUAACGGGUCAAACAUAAAAAAGGCAGCACAAGUUACGUUUAGUGUGGAAAAGUAUAUACCAUGUAUUGCGCACACCAUCAAUUUAAUUGCAGAAAAAUCAAUAUCAGACACAAAUAAUUUGAGUUACUUACUUCAAAAGGUACGGAGUAUUGUAAAAUUCAUAAAAAAUAGCACUAUUGUCAGUGAUGAGUUAAGGAAAUGUCAAACUAAUGAAGGUAAAAAGAUUUUCAAAUUGUUUACAAUUACCUGA